GGGAGACGGAAAAUCACCACAGUCCUCACAGCUCUGGACACUCACCUGAGUUCAGUUCUGAAAUGAGGACAGAUCCAGUUGGUUGUACAAAAGAAGAGGACAAGGAUGUGUUUCAGAAUAUCUAUGAAGUCAAACAGCUGGCCCAGGAAGUGCAGCCUGUGGAAGAAAAGCCAUGGAGGAAAUCAGGGGCUGAUAUCUCUGAUUACUUUAACUAUGGUUUCAAUGAAGAAAGCUGGAAGACAUACUGUAGGAAGUAUGCUAAACUACAAGCCUUCCAAACACAACAUAUUGCUAAAGUCAUGAGAGAGAGGGCAAAAUAUGAAGAAGUGGUGUCUUGUGCUCCGUCCACUUCAGGCAGACCAUCUAAGAAAUCCAGCCGACAAAGGAAAGCUAGUAGUACUGGCAGAGGAGGCAAAGCUGGAAGCAGACGCAGAGAGAAAGAACGACCUUGUUGUACCAAUGCAGCCAAAGAUACUCAGGUAGUUGCUGAGAUUUCACACAAGAAGAACAAUGUCGCCAAUUAUGAUUUGCCACGUUCAAUUAAUGCCGACACUGUGUUCUCAUUUGUGCCUCCACCAUCUUCCCUCUUCCAGUAUUACCAAUCGGUGUCCCCCAUUAGCAUGCAGGGCAGAGACAACCUUGGGAACACUGAUGAACCUUCAACUUCAAUGUAUCCAUAUUUAGUAGGGAAUAUGGCAACAGAUUCUACAAUGAUUGAUGCUGCCAAGGCCUGGGAAUGCUACAUAAAGCAAAAACAUGACAGAGACAGAGACCGAUCCACAGAGCAUGGCUGUGAUAAAGGAAGAAGUUGCAAAGACAGAGACAGAGGAAAGAAGAGCUCUAUCUCAUCACACAACAGUGUGAAGAAGCACAUGAAGCGCAGGGACCCUUCGGAGCGUCUCUUUAAACGUCGCAGAAUUGAAAGAGUCAGUAGUAAAAAGAAGCAGAAAGAUGAAAAGGAGAGAUCACGAAAAACAUCACAAAGCAGACGUAGCAACAUCAGUGGGAAGGAUGACGGGAAGGACAGAAAGAAAAGACACCAUGACACAAAGGGCAAAGAUGUUCGGAGGGCUUGGAAAGCAACUUUGCCAACUAAGAAAGGACAUUAAAAUUUCAAUAGCCACCAGACAACCAAACCUAUUUAAAAAGCAUUAUCCCUAAAGAUCUCAGGUUAGGUUGCAUGUGAAAAUUAAUUUGUUCUCAUUAUAUACUUUGGCAUUUUAUGAUAUUUGGUUUUUUUGGUUGUAGCUGUGUGAAUCCAUGUAAAAUGUAAAAAGAGUUCCUCACACUGAACUCUUUUUGUUUUUAAUGACUUUAUUGAGCAUUUACCAAAUGUACCAUCAGAUAUACUACACAGGCUGAAGCGUGACAGACAGUACCACAGUAAACAGACCUAAGGCCAUCCACUGAUACACAGAAACCUAGUCAGUUUUUUUCUUAAAAGUAAGAAAAUUAGUAAGGCCUCCACAAAAUCUCUUAUUUAAAUGUUAUUUGUUAACAUGUUAUGGAGACAUUGAUUGUGUAUUUUUUCAUAACUUUUUUGCCAAUGGUCUUGAUAACUUAGCCAUAGCUUCUGAGACAACAGAAAGAACCUCACAGACAACUACUUGGCAACGUGUCUUCAGCUCAACGGAUGAAGAUGACAACCACCGUCAGUACAAACAGAAUAAAGCCUACGUUUAAAGGCCAUACGACAAACAAAAGAAACCUAUUACAAGUGUUUGGUUCGGUACUUUUUUUAGACACCCAACAUUUACGUAAAGAAAUGUGAGUCCAUCUUAAUGCGUAUCCUAAUAUAUAUCUACUGAAAUUGG